GGGGCUUCUGGUGGUGGUAGGGAACUUGGUGGGGGGGAGGCGGCAACAUUGUUUCAAGUUGGACAAAUUGACAAGAGCGAGAGAUACACUGAGUUCCAUCCGGACCUGGAGACGCGGUUCUGGGCCCUGUUUUCCCCUCCUCCGCCCCCGAGAGCCGGGGCCCGCUUUUUGCAGGGUUCCCAGGCCCCCGCUCCAGGGCCGGGCUGACCCGACUCACUAGCGCUUCAUGGAGAACUUUCAAAAAGUGGAAAAGAUCGGAGAGGGCACGUACGGAGUUGUGUACAAAGCCAAAAACAAGCUGACUGGAGAAGUGGUGGCGCUUAAAAAAAUCCGCCUGGACACUGAGACAGAGGGUGUACCCAGUACUGCCAUACGAGAGAUCUCUCUACUUAAGGAACUUAACCACCCUAAUAUUGUCAAGUUGCUGGAUGUCAUCCACACAGAAAACAAACUCUACUUGGUUUUUGAGUUUCUGCACCAGGAUCUCAAGAAAUUUAUGGAUGCCUCUGCUCUUACUGGUAUCCCUCUUCCCCUCAUCAAGAGCUAUCUGUUCCAGCUGCUCCAGGGUCUAGCUUUCUGCCAUUCUCACCGGGUCCUGCACCGAGAUCUCAAACCUCAGAAUCUGCUUAUCAACGCAGAGGGUUCCAUCAAGCUAGCAGACUUUGGACUAGCCAGAGCCUUUGGAGUCCCUGUUCGUACUUACACCCAUGAGGUGGUAACCCUGUGGUACCGAGCACCUGAAAUUCUUCUGGGCUGCAAAUAUUACUCCACAGCUGUGGACAUCUGGAGCCUGGGCUGUAUCUUUGCUGAGAUGCACCUAGUGUGUACCCAGCACCAUGCUAAGUGCUGUGGGGAACACAGAAGAAAUGGAAGACACAGUCUCUGCCCGCUGUGCUCCUAUCUAGAAGUGGCUGCAUCACAAGGAGGGGGGAUGACCGCAGUGUCUACCCCACACCCCGUGACCCGCCGGGCCCUAUUCCCUGGAGAUUCUGAGAUCGACCAACUCUUCCGGAUCUUUCGGACUCUGGGGACCCCAGAUGAGGUCGUUUGGCCAGGAGUCACUUCUAUGCCUGAUUAUAAACCGAGUUUCCCCAAGUGGGCCCGGCAAGAUUUUAGCAAAGUUGUGCCUCCCCUGGAUGAAGAUGGAAGGAGCUUGUUAUCGCAAAUGCUGCACUACGACCCCAACAAGCGGAUUUCGGCAAAGGCAGCUCUGACUCACCCUUUCUUCCAGGAUGUGACCAAGCCAGUACCCCACCUUCGACUCUGAUGUUCUUCCCCAAGCCCUCAGUCUUACCCUCUCCCCAAGUGGGGGCCUGAUCUGGCUUGGCCCUGGGCUAUUUGCCCUCUGUCUUGUCUGGCUGCCUUAACACUCACUUUCCCCUCUUAGCCAGCCAACUCUGGGGAUACAGGGGUGAAAGGGGAAAAUGGGUAAAAAUGAAAGGAAGCUUCAGUAUUACAUGCACUUAAGUCAGCCUCUGUCCCCCUCCUCUUAGUCAUUGCUGAAGAGAGCUAGUAUUACAAAAAAAAAAAAAAAAAUGACUGACUUUUACCCGUCCCCAC